GCCAUCUCCAUCCCGAUUGUUGGGUGAAAAAGUGGGCAGUUCAGGGUUUCAUAUCUGGCGUCACUUUCUCCCAACUCCCUCUUUUCUCCCCGAGCCUCUGAGUGUGCCGGUCCCAGCCACCGUUUACCUGCGCAGAGCAUCCAGAGCCGCUUUUCCCGUGACAGGACAGUCGCACUGCAGCACGCUGACAGGCGCUCACGGAAAAUACUCUUUACAGCAAAGAAGUGCAACCUGCAUCAGCUGAGAUGCUGCUGAGAGUCAUCCGACAUGUGCAGAUACUUCCACUUCUUUAUGCAGUCUGCCAUCUCACACUGGCCUUUCCCACCCAAACUCUACGGUACACAUACGAUGAGGUGGAGCAGCUCCACGUGAGCAUCCCCCACUCAGGACCAGUUGUUGCUCCACUGAGCAGCUCCAUUUCCAUCCCUUGUGUGGUGUCUCUGUCCCCCAUCUCCAACUCCACCUCCGCGACGCCUGUUGUACCGAGGGUCAAGUGGUCAGUCAUAUCAAGGGGGGUUGAAACGCAGAUCUUAGUGGUACGGGGUCACAAGGUGAAGGUCAAUGAAGCGUACCGAGACCGAGCGGCGUUGCUCAACUACACCUCCUUCCCUGAUGAUGCGUCACUUUGGUUGGGAGAUCUGCGCUCCAGCGACUCGGCUCACUACCGCUGCGAGGUGCAGCAGGGCCUGGAGGACGCCAGUGACCUCGUGGAGCUCAAGGUCAAAGGUGUUGUGUUCCACUACAGAGAUGCUUUGGGUCGGUAUGCCUUCACCUUCCAUCAGGCCCAGAGGGCUUGUGAGGCCAUCGGGGCACGAAUCGCCACCGCCGACCAGCUGCUUGCAUCUUAUUACGACGGAUAUGAGCAGUGUGACGCGGGCUGGCUCGCAGACCAGUCUGUCAGGUAUCCAAUCCAAGUGCCUCGUGAAGGCUGCUAUGGAGACAUGGAUGGGCAACCAGGAGUGAGAAACUAUGGGACAAUGGAUCCAGAUGAUCUGUUCGAUGUUUAUUGUUAUGUAGACGAAAUUAAUGGGGAGGUUUUCCAUGACUUCAUCCCACAGCAAUUAACAUUUAAUGAAGCGCAGUCGUACUGCAGAGCUGCAGGGGCAGAGCUGGCUACAACAGCACAGCUUUACUUGGCUUGGAGUGAAGGACUGGACCAUUGCAGCCCUGGCUGGCUGUCUGAUGGCAGCGUACGGUACCCCAUCAUAACCCCAAGGGAACGCUGUGGGGGUGCUCUGCCUGGCGUCAAAACUCUCUACCAAUUCAGCAACCAGACUGGCUUCCCAGAGCCAUCCAGCCUUCAUGAUGUUUACUGUUUCAAAGAAAACAGAAAUGCUUCCACUGACUCUCCGAUGGACUAUGUGGGCACAGAACCUGAAGACAUUGAACACAAUGUUGUUAUUCUUACGGAAAAAUAUCAAGAAAUUCAGUUGAACCAACUAGCAGAACAGGUGGAGCGAGAGGCCCAGAGCAUGCUUGAAUCAUUGCCUUAUUUUACUGUCUCUGUAACUACAGAAAGCCCGGUUGAUACACACCCAAUGCUGAUAUCAGACACAACAGAGUCUCCCCUCCACACAACGCCUGCACUACACGAGCCGCUCGACCAAACUUUAUCUCCCACAGAAAUGAGCUACGAUUCCCAGCAUCCUACAGCACUGAUGAGCAGCACUAUCACAGAAACCCACAAUUCAGCAGAGAACACAUCAUUUCUGCCCACUGAUUACAAUGAAACAUAUUCCAGCCAGAACUCGAGUCUCACCUUUCAGCAGUCUGAAAGACCCACAUUUGAGCCUGAGAUGCAGAACCAGACAGAGCCAGACACAAAUAUUGAAGUAAACACAGAGCCAUCUGGAACUCUGAAUGAGACCAAAGAAGUACAACAGACCACCCUGUCUUUUAACAAAUCAGAACCCAACUACAGUGAGACCGACAGCAACCGUACUAAAGAGGACAGUUUAUUGGAGGCUACUACUUUAACCCUUAACCCCAUGGUUGAAGUGGAGCUGGAGGAGACCCGUGUAGACUCUGAGCAGAUGUUUCCCCCAACUGAGGCCUCAAAAGAAGAAGAAGAAGAGGCAACACUUCUUACACAAUUAUCCCAAACUACUGAAUCUACUCCGGAGGUGCUAACCUCAGUGUGGGCUCCUUUGGAUGGUUCUGGAGAUAUUUCUGAAGAAAGCAAACUCGAUAUGAGUCCAGCCAGUUUCAUCUCCACAUCAGAUUCCUCAACUUCUGGCUUCACCACUCACCCGUCUCCCAUUGCUUCUGCCAGCAGCACCCAUGCUGAACCUCAGACAGUGGUUCCACAUUUGACAGCCUCAUCUCAGUCACCCCUUUCUGACAAACUGGGCUUGGAUAUUCUUUCUACAGCCUCACAGCUGUGGGAGUCCCCCAACUCUAAACAGGAGGGAAGUGCAAGCUUAGAAAUUGAAGACACGCUCAGUUUGGAAAAUGAGGAUAAAAUGCUGCCCACAUCAAAAUCUGAAGACCUGCAAGUGUCUGGAGCAAGUUCAGUUACCACUCGCUCUCCAGACGUCUCAAACACUUCUCACUCAUCCACCAGUUCGCCCACAGCACUAUAUCUAACAUCAGGCUACAGAAUGUAUUUGGAUACUGUGACCGAUACUUAUGAAGAAGCAAGUGGUCAUGUACCUGAUACACUUAGGACCACCCUUCAAGAAGACAUAAAAUUUGCUCCAACCUUUGAAGGUGAAGUGUCUUUAACUCUUGAAGAGGAAGCCAACAUUUCCGUUUCUCUGGAAAAAGAAAUAAAAAUUUCCCCAACCCUUGCUCUUCAAAAAGAAGCAAAUUUUUCUUUAAAUUUUGAAGAAGAGAACAUUGUUUCUCUAACGGUUGAUUUUGAAGAAAAUGUUUCCUCAGCCCAUGAAAGUAAUGCUGUCCCAACUGCUGUUUUUAAAGAUGAAGAAGCUAAUAUUACGCCUACCUUUGAGUAUGAAGAAAAGAUAAAUGCUUCUUUAACCCUUAAAGAGGAAGCUGAUGUUCUCCCAACUAUUGUCCUUGAAAAAGAACCUAAUCUUUCCUCAAACAUGAGCUUGCAAGAAAAGGCUAACACUUCCUCAGCUCUUGAAAAAGAAGCCAAUAUUUCUCCUACCUUUGAGUAUGAAGAAAAAGCCAACACCUCUUCAACCCUUGAAGAAGAAGCUAAUGGUUCUACUACCUUUGAGUAUGAAGAAAAGGCUAACACGUCCUCAGCUCGAGUCUUUGAACAAGCUAAUGUUGCUCCUUCCUUUGAGUAUGAAGAAAAGGCUAACACGUCCUCAGCUCGAGUCUUUGAACAAGCUAAUGUUGCUCCUUCCUUUGAGUAUGAAGAAAAGGCUAACACGUCCUCAGCUCGAGUCUUUGAGCAAGCUAAUGUUGCUCCUUCCUUUGAGUAUGAAGAAAAGGCUAACAUGUCCUCAGCUCGAGUCUUUGAACAAGCUAAUGUUGCUCCUUCCUUUGAGUAUGAAGAAAAGGCUAACACUUCUUCAACCCAUGUCUAUGAACAAGCUAAUGUUAGCACAGCUCUUUUUACUGAGAAAGAAGCUGAUGUUUCCUCAGCCCUAGAAGAAGAUAGUGAUUUUUCCCAAACUGUUGUGCUUGAUGAAGACGAAGCCAACGUUAUCCCAAUCCGUGUCUUUGAAGAAGAGGCUACUGUUGCCCCGACCCUCGAAGAUGAAACUAAUGUUUCCCCGACAUCUCAAGAGAAAACUGAUGCCUCUGAGGACUUCGCCAUCUUUCCUUCCAGUUCUCAAACAUCCAAGUGGGAUCUGUUGACCAGCACAACUCAACCCCAAGAAUCUCGCAAUGAGUACAGCCAAAAAACCUCCACAGCAGCUUCAAGUUCUUCUCGAGGUACAAAGCCCACAAAGACGACCACUGUCGCCACCACAACCACAACCGCAGCUACCACCACCACCACCACACACCGGUCCAGACACACCUGGAGCCCAACCACCACCACCCCCAAAAUGUUGAUACCACCAGUGGGUCACGCUCUGGAAGAUGUUGACAUUACUUUCACCCAGCCGCCAACUCUGCUUAUCAUGCCCAAUGAGAGGGCAGCCGUAGGCGGUACUGGGAAAUCUUCAGAUGCCUGUUUGCUCAACCCCUGUCUUAACGGAGGCACCUGCACGGACAGAGGUGGUCACAUUAAAUGCCUCUGUUUGCCGACGUAUGAAGGAAACUUCUGUCAGGCCGACCGGGAGCGAUGUGAACCGGGCUGGGAUAAAUUUCACGGUUUCUGCUAUCGACACUUCAGCCAGCGUCUGAGCUGGGAGGCUGCAGAGCAGCAUUGCCGCAUGAUGGGAGCUCACCUGGUGUCCAUAAUAACCCCUGAAGAACAGGCUUACAUCAACAACAACUACAAGGAAUACCAGUGGACCGGUCUGAAUGACAAGACCAUUGAGGAUGAUUUCCACUGGUCUGAUGGGAACCCACUGCUUUAUGAGAAUUGGUACAGGGGUCAGCCAGACAGCUACUUUCUCUCCGGAGAGGACUGUGUGGUGAUGGUGUGGCACGAUAACGGACGCUGGAGCGAUGUGCCCUGCAACUAUCACCUUUCAUACACCUGCAAGAAAGGCACCUCCUCCUGUGGACCACCACCAAGGGUCAGAAAUGCCUCCAUAUAUGGAAAAGCUCGACAGACUUACGAGACCAACGCCGUGGUGCGCUAUCGAUGCGCAGAGGGCUUCCAGCAGAGGUUUAACCCCCUGAUCAGGUGUCUGUCUGGAGGGUACUGGGAGAGGCCGCAGAUCCUCUGCUUGACUGAAGAUGGGGGCCUGCUGUCAACAACCGACAACGAUUUUGCUGCAGCCGAAGAUGAUUUUGAGGCCACUAAAGCGACGCUGCAGUACUGGGACAUCAGGUUCUAA